AUGGUAGUUACGUCCCACGGUCGCCGAAAGCACGUUCCAAAUCUGGGUCGUCCAUUCGAAGAUAUCGGCCGCGCUAACCGGACGCACAGACGAAUUGUCGACGGUGGUGGCAGCAGAGCUCGUGGCACGGCUGUCCGUGCUGCUGUCCCUCCUCGAAGAUCCAACGGAAGAGUUGUCAACACUGACGCUCGAGGGAGUCUGAGAUGGCUGGGCCGGGGCGGAAGCAGCCUCGGUCUGCUGCUCCUGGGAGGUGCUCUCCGUCACCUCCUCAGAGACAGUAGCAACGCGACCCGAGUCAGCGUACAAGGUCUGAACACCAAGGCCAUCGGUAUGAGUAGCGAUAUUUCCACCCAGGUGCAGCAGCGUCUUCACGACAUCCACGUUUUCUUGGGGGAUGGCCUCAUCACGGGCCGAGUUCGCAGGGUCAAAGAAAUGAAUGACACCCUUUCCGGACUUGCGAGCCAGGGCAUGCGCGGUGAUAGCGAUAUCCUGCGCUUCCUGGAUGGUCUCCGAGUGCAAGAAGGUGAAACCACAUUGCCGUAUCGAGCUGAUCACCGAGUAAUCUGGGAACGGGUAGGGCUCCAAGGCGACAUGGAUGACGACGGGGUGGUUCGCCAGGCGGUAGAGAUGAGGGAUGGAGGAGAGAAGGGUAGACGAGCUCGUAACGACGGAAACCGUUCUGCCUCCCUGUAG